AUGCGUCCAAUUGCAAUGGCGCUAGCUGUAGCACCACGUAUGCCAAUGUAUCCACCUGGUGGGCCAGGUUUAGGUCAACAGAUAUUCUAUGGUCAAGCUCAGCCUACAUUCAUUCCUCCACAGCCUGGAUUUGGGUAUCAACAGCAACUCGUGCUAGGUAUGCGUCCAGGUGGCGCCCCAAUGCCAAACUUCUUCAUGCCAAUGGUGCAGCAAGGUCAAAAAUUUCAACACCCAGGUGGCAGGCAUGCUACUGGUCUAGGUCAGCAAAACCAUCAGCCCAUACCCCUAAUGCAGCAACAGCCGCCACCUUGUGACUCUCCAUCCGUCGCUCCCCCUUCUCCUCAUUUUUCUGAUCAACUUUGGGAUGCCCGUCAACUUCCGUUAGCCACCAAUACUUUAUCGUCGGGUUACCAAAGAAGACGAAAGUUGCUGCUCCGAUGUGAUUCAGUAAUAAAGGUCGGAGACCCACUGUUGCAUCACUACCACCUAGUUUCUUUCAUCCUUCGAUCACCCUCCCAGCUGCCACUACCGCUUUGCUCGUUUUUUGAUCAGUCGAGCCAUCGAGCGGUGGAGCUCCUACCUUCCAGUAAGUGCAGUCGACGAUAUGACUGUCGACCGCCCUCAACUGUUGCCGAUGCUUUUUCUAGUCAUCUUUCGCUCCUGGUGUUAUUCCACAGCAACAAACCUUUCCUUCAAUGCCCCGAUCGAGAUGGCCGGAAGUCAAGCAACCACCAUGGCAGCCAACCAUGGUGGUUUCCACCAUGGAUGUCUACUUCUGCCACCACCGGCCACCGUGAGGUGGUGGCUGUGUGUGUGCAAUAUGGUGUUGUUCCGGAUGGUUCCAUGAUCGGAACUGGAGGUGGGGGAAUGGUUUCUGUUCCAUAUGACAUGGGUGGAAUGGCAUUGAGAGACACUAGAAUCACACAACCCAUUUCGAUUGGUGCGUUGGCUUCUGCACUUGCUAAUGCUUCCCCCACAAAACAGAUAAGGGUAUAUGCUGCAGUUGUGAAACACUUGGAAACUGUCGCAGGGGCAAACCUGUCAUUUUAUUUACUUGUGGAUUAA